AUGUCUGUUUCGAAAGAAAAAAAUCCUACAGAAAUUGUGUUAUCAGGAACAAAAUCUUAUCCUGCUUUAGCUUUAUCAGCAUUAUUUCAUGCAUCUUUUAUGGUUUAUGAUACUUUAAAUUUUUUACCAUUUAAACUUUUUGCUAAUCCUAAUUUAAAAUUAGAACAAUCAUCAAGAAUUAAGGGAAAGAAUGUUGGUGGUGAGAAGUAUGUCAUUUAUAGAAAUGUUAAUGUUAUUGGUGAAGAUUUGAGAAGUGUUAUGUUUGGUAAUUGUGAUACUAUUCCUAAGAUAUGGAAUAGAGCUGUAAGAAUUUAUGGUAAAAAACCUGCCAUGGGAACACGUAUUGUUGAGGAGGUUAUUAAUGAAAAACAAAGUGAUGGAAGAGAUUUUCAAAAAAUAAAACAAGGUCCAUAUGAAUUUUUGACAUUUGAGGAGUGUGAUGAAAUUAUAAUGAAUAUUGAGAAGGGAUUCAAGAAACUUGGUGUUAAGAAAGGUGACAGAGUAAUAAUUUAUGCUGAGACAAGAAAAGAGUGGUUCUUAACAGCUUUAGCCUGUUUCAGAUAUGGUCUUUUAGUUGUAACUGUUUAUGCAACAUUAGGGGAAGAAGCAGUGGCACAUGCAAUUAAUGAAUGUGAAGGUGAUUUAUUAAUUACAACUGUCAACCAUUUAUCAAUAGCUGAUAAAUUUAUUAUAAAAACUCCAAAAAUUAAGAAUAUUAUUUAUUUUAAUGAAAGGUUCAAGGUUAAUGGAAGUAAAAAUUCUCCUGAAUUUACAAAAGAUAUUAAUAUAUUAAGAGGUAAAGUUAAUAAUAUUAUAGACUUUGAUAGUUUUUUGUCUUAUGGAAAUGAUGAUGAAUAUAUUAGUAAUGAGGUUACCAAAGAUGAUCUUUGUAUGAUUAUGUAUACUUCUGGAACUACAAAUAAUCCUAAAGGUGUAAUGUUAACUCAUCAAAAUAUUGUUUCUGCUAUAAAAGGACAAAAUGAUUCUUUUCCUGUUGAGGAGAGUGAUGUUUAUAUUGGAUAUCUUCCAUUGGCACAUAUUAUUGAAGUAUGUUGUGAACUUAUCUUUUUGGCAAAUGGUUGUAAAGUUGGAUAUUCAUCACCAUUAACAUUAAUUGAUAAAGCACCAAAAGUUUUACCUGGUACAAAAGGUGAUGCUUCUGAAUUGAAACCAACUAUAUUAACUGCUGUACCUGCAAUUAUGAAUAGAAUAUUUAAAGCAGUUAAUGAUCAACUUAAAGAGGCAACCACUUUUUCAAGAGAAAUUUUUAAAAUUUUUUAUGAAAGAAAACGUUAUCGUUAUGAAAAUGGUUAUAAAUCAAUGUUUAUUGAUUCAUUUGUUUUUAAUAAAAUAAAAGCUAUACUUGGAUCAAAUGUUCGACUUGUAUUAUCAGGUGGUGCACCAUUAGAUGCAGAAAUACAAAGAUUUAUGAAUAUAUGUUUUUGUUGUCCUGUUAUUCAAGGAUAUGGUUUAACAGAAACAGUUGGUGCAGCAACAAUAUCUAUGUAUGAUGACAUUAGUACAGGUUAUGUAGGACCACCAUUAACAUGUGCUGAAAUUAUGUUAAAAAGUUGGGAUGAGGCUGGUUAUGAUGCAAAAAAUAAUCCACCACAAGGAGAAAUACUUAUUAGUGGACCACAUGUUACACCUGGAUAUUAUAAAAAUGAAGAUUUAACUAAUGAAGCAUUUACAGUUAUUGAUGGAAAAAGAUGGUUUUGUACGGGAGAUAUUGGUGAAUUUAAAGAAGAUGGUUCACUUAAAAUUAUUGAUAGAAAAAAAGAUUUAGUUAAAUUAAAUCAUGGUGAAUAUAUUUCACUUGGAAAAGUUGAAUCUAAAAUUCUUACUUCUGAGUAUGUUGAUAAUGUUUGUGUUUAUGGAAAUCCCCAAAAAGAUUUUGUUGGAGCAUUAAUUGUUGUCAAUCAAAAAAAUAUAACAACAUUAGCAAAAAAAAUUGGUAUUCAAAAUGAAAAAAUUACCGAAAUAUGUAAUGAUAAAAAUGUUCAUGAAGCAUUGUUAGAAGAACUUAAACAAUUUCUUAGAGGAAAACUUUGUAGAACUGAGAUACCUCAAAGACUUUGGCUUUUAGCUGAACCCUGGACACCAGCUGAUGGUUUAUUAACUGAAGCUAUGAAAUUAAAAAGGAGAGCUAUUGAAAGCAAGUUUAAUGAUGAAAUUAGAAAGAUGAUGUCCUUGUAA